AUGACGGGCCUGGACGUGGAGAAGGACCGGAUCCUGGAGAUGGCGUGUCUCAUCACGGACUGCGACCUCAACGUGCUGGCCGAGGGCCCGCACCUCAUCAUCAAGCAGCCGGACGAGCUCCUGGACGGCAUGUCCGAGUGGUGCAAGGAGCACCACGGCAAGUCGGGCCUGACCAAGGCCGUGAAGGAGAGCAAGAUCUCGUUGCAGCAGGCCGAGUACGAGUUCCUGUCCUUCGUCCGGCAGCAGACGCCGCCGGGGCUCUGUCCCCUCGCAGGUAACUCUGUUCACGCAGAUAAGAAAUUCCUCGACAAGUACAUGCCGCAGUUCAUGAGGCACCUCCAUUACCGCAUCAUUGACGUGAGCACCGUCAAAGAGCUUUGCAGGUAGGUGCUGCCGGGGCGGCCGCGGGAGCAGGCAGGCAUUCUGAAACUCUCCUUCCCUUUCAGAGCACUCGAAGACAUCAGGGAAAGCAUCAAGGAACUCCAGUUCUACAGAGACAACAUCUUCAAGAGGAAAACGGAGGAAAAGAAGAGGAAACUAAUAGAGAACGGAGAAAGCGAUAAAAGUGCCAGCUGAUCUCUCUGCUCGCAGUG